AGCUCCAACAGUGGAGACCAUGUUGACAACUGUGCCGACUGCCAGCCUUGCAACUGGAGUAAUAAGUACAACAAUAGUGACAGGAACUGGGACUCCACCAACGUCCGGUACCCAAACUGGUGUGACUCGAACAGUCGAGACCAAGUUGACAACCGGGUCUAUUGCCAGCUCUGCAAGCAGAGGAAUAAGUACAACAACAGUGACAGGAACUGGGAUGACACCAAGAACAGGCACCCAAACUAGUGUAGCUCCAACAGUGGAGACCAUGUUGACAACUGUGCCGACUGCCAGCCUUGCAACUGGAGUAAUAAGUACAACAAUAGUGACAGGAACUGGGACUCCACCAACGUCCGGUACCCAAACUGGUGUGACUCGAACAGUCGUGACCAAGUUGACAACUGGGUCUAUUGCCAGCUCUGAAAGCAGAGGAAUAAGUACAACAACAGUGACAGGAACUGGGAUGACACCAAGAACAGGCACCCAAACUAGUGUAGCUCCAACAGUGGAGACCAUGUUGACAACUGUGCCGACUGCCAGCCUUGCAACUGGAGUAAUAAGUACAACAAUAGUGACAGGAACUGGGAUGACACCAAGAACAGGCACCCAAACUAGUGUAGCUCCAACAGUGGAGACCAUGUUGACAACUGUGCCGACUGCCAGCCUUGCAACUGGAGUAAUAAGUACAACAAUAGUGACAGGAACUGGGACUCCACCAACGUCCGGUACCCAAACUGGUGUGACUCGAACAGUCGUGACCAAGUUGACAACUGGGUCUAUUGCCAGCUCUGAAAGCAGAGGAAUAAGUACAACAACAGUGACAGGAACUGGGAUGACACCAAGAACAGGCACCCAAACUAGUGUAGCUCCAACAGUGGAGACCAUGUUGACAACUAUGCCGACUGCCAGCCUUGCAACUGGAGUAAUAAGUACAACAAUAGUGACAGGAACUGGGACUCCACCAACGUCCGGUACCCAAACUGGUGUGACUCGAACAGUCGUGACCAAGUUGACAACUGGGUCUAUUGCCAGCUCUGAAAGCAGAGGAAUAAGUACAACAACAGUGACAGGAACUGGGAUGACACCAAGAACAGGCACCCAAACUAGUGUAGCUCCAACAGUGGAGACCAUGUUGACAACUGUGCCGACUGCCAGCCUUGCAACUGGAGUAAUAAGUACAACAAUAGUGACAGGAACUGGGACUCCACCAACGUCCGGUACCCAAACUGGUGUGACUCGAACAGUCGCGACCAAGUUGACAACAGGGUCUAUUGCCAGCUCUGCAAGCAGAGGAAUAAGUACAACAACAGUGACAGGAACUGGGAUGACACCAAGAACAGGCACCCAAACUAGUGUAGCUCCAACAGCGGAGACCAUGUUGACAACUGUGCCGACUGCCAGCCUUGCAACAGGAGUAAUAAGUACAACAAUAGUGACAGGAACUGGUACUCCACCAACGUCCGGUACCCAAACUAGUGUAGCUCCAACAGCGGAGACCAUGUUGACAACUGUGCCGACUGCCAGCCUUGCAACUGUCGACCAGUGCAAUACCUUUGCCUACAACAAAACAGUCAAGGUAGAAAACUGUGAAGAAACAAUUCAAGUGCAAAGAUGUGAAGGACAUUGUCGAUCAGCAACUGAAUUCAACUUCGAAACAAGCAAAAUGAGUAUUACGUGCGAGUGCUGUCGGGAACUGAAGACUGAAGAAAAGUCAGUAGAAUUGAAGUGUGAAAAUGGAACUAGUAUGAAUUAUAAAUAUAUCAACAUUGAGUCCUGUUCAUGCAAAUAGUUUGAAAGCAUUGUGUAGAGGUCGUUACACAAAUAGAUCUGACCAUGAUUUCAAGCUAACUUAAACAUUGCUUGAAAUUUAAUUUUGUAAACAAAUUCACUAAUGAAUUCCUUUCAAUCAAUUGUUGCAGGAAAACAAUGUUGUAGGCUGUCAAUAACUGAACUGCUUUUUGAUAAGGGGUGGCUGGAAUAUUUGCAGCACUUCUACUGCAUCAUGUACAAAUCAUUUCAUAACCAGAAAAGAGAAUCAAUAAAUGUAUUUGAAAGUC